AUGUUUUAUUAUACUCUGUUUUUUUUUUUCUUUUAACAAAAAAACGAACGAAUCAGUGUCGGCUCUCGGGUUCCGGGAAAAACACACACACACAAACAUUGUACGUCGGAUCCAAAACGCGCGUUACUACGUCCGUGAAUCUUUCUUCUUCCGCCAUUGCUCGGAACUCGCGUCUUCGGGCAAUGUGCAGUAACUGAGUCACCCUCCGAGUUAGCAAACCGAAACUUGGAGGUUCAGACUAAUCCCAAGUUGGGUUUUGUGAGAAACCACGUUUCCAAAAUGUUCAACUUCAAGCAAUGGGUGAUUCUUGUGGUAUGUUCGUUGGCAAUCUUGAAAGCAGAAGGAUUGUUUGUCAAUAUUACAUUUGUUCGAAACGCCGUCGCAAGAGGGGCCGUUUGUUUGGAUGGUAGUCCACCAGCUUAUCAUUUACACCGAGGUUCUGGAACUGGAAUCAAUAGCUGGUUGAUUCAGCUUGAGGGAGGAGGAUGGUGUAAUAAUGUAACAAACUGCCUUAGUCGGAUGCAUACUCGACUAGGUUCAUCCAAGAAAAUGGUGGAGAAUCUUGCGUUCUCAGCUAUUCUUAGCAAUAAGAAACAAUAUAAUCCUGAUUUUUACAAUUGGAAUAGAGUGAAAGUCAGAUACUGCGACGGGUCAUCAUUCACCGGAGAUGUGCAAGCAGUGAACCCUGCUACUAAUCUUCACUUCAGAGGUGCUCGAGUUUGGCUAGCCGUUAUGCAGGAGUUGCUAGCUAAAGGCAUGAGAAACGCUGAGAAUGCUGUUUUGUCUGGGUGUUCUGCUGGCGGGUUAGCUUCACUGAUGCAUUGUGACAGUUUCCGUGCUCUAUUACCGAUGGGUACCAAAGUAAAAUGUCUUUCAGAUGCUGGUUUCUUUCUCAACACAAGAGAUGUCUCAGGAGCUCAAUACAUUAAAUCAUACUUCAAAGAUGUGGUUGCUCUACAUGGAUCAGCAAAGAAUUUGCCGAGGACAUGCACAUCAAGAUUGACCCCUGCUAUGUGUUUCUUCCCGCAAUACGUUGCUCGCCAGAUUAGAACUCCUGUAUUCAUUCUUAAUGCCGCAUACGACUCUUGGCAGAUAAAGAACAUUUUGGCUCCCCGUGCUGCUGAUCCUUAUGGAAAAUGGCAAAGUUGUCAACUUGACAUCAAGAAUUGCCAACCAAACCAGCUCAAAGUUAUGCAAGAUUUCAGGUUAGAGUUCUUGAGCGCGGUGAUAGGUCUAGGUAGAUCUUCAUCAAGAGGGAUGUUCAUAGACUCUUGUUACACUCACUGCCAAACCGAGACACAAACUUCAUGGUUCUGGCAAGAUUCUCCCAUUCUAAACCGAACGACAAUAGCAAAAGCUGUUGGAGAUUGGGUUUAUGACAGAAAAUUGUUUCAGAAGAUAGAUUGUCCUUAUCCAUGUAACCCUACUUGCCACCACAGGGUUUUCACUCCUCAAGAUGCUCCUCCAAUUUAAGAAAUACAUAUAGGUUUACUAUUCUUUUAAAAAAGAAAAAAGAUACUUAUAAAUGACUCAUUUGUCAUUUUAUAGUGAAAUAUUUUUAGGUUUUAGCUAUAGAAAAAGAAAAGGUGUGAUUGAUUCUUGAGUGUUGAGAAUACGCAAAAGGAGUAAUUUUCUUCAGCACAUGUAUGUGCUGAAGUUGCUCUGUUUUCUCUUCCAUUCUUAUGUAAAAUGCAAAAUUGUUACUUGUAUUCGAAUAAAUAAAGAAUAAUCUUUUCAUAACUCAA